AUGGCGGAUUCGAAUCGAUCUGAUCCUACCGGCAGCGGCCGGAAGGAGCCGGCCCUGACAUCGGGCGCCGUCUCCGAGAUGCCCACAAUCCCACAGGCCAAGGUACUUGGCUUGUCAACACCCCAAACUUCAGAUCAAUACGACUUUGCCGCGGCCAACACCGGCGCCCGCGAUUCUGAACCGGCCGACUACUUGAAUGGAGGACUCCCCCAUGAGAGGGUGUCUCCCCACACCACGACCCCCUCGGGUACCGCCCAACCACCACGACCACCGACUUUACAACCCGGCACAUCGUCCCAACUCUCGGCCAUGGCUGGGGCUUCCGAGCCGGCCUCACCCGCCGCCGCGAGCAAGAGCGUGCAGUUCACCACAGACGACGGAGCGCCCGAAGCGGUCGGCACACACUCGCGAACCGCGUCCUGGGACACAAGAGACGCAUUGGGCAAGUUCCGCAGCUCCGGGUUCAUGACCAAGCUGAAAGAACUCGCGGGCCCCAGCGGAAUACAGACCCCACGAAUGCCAUCAUCCACCUCCGAAUUCCCCUCAACCGCGAGCUCGCCUACCGCCCAACGACACGCCAACCGCACGCCACGGCCCGUAGCCGAAGGGAGCGAUGACGAUGCCGACGCCGAGGAGACAGCCGACGAGGCUGUAGCUUCGCCCUCGAAAGGAAAACAAAAGAGGAGGAGACGUAUGCGACGGCUGAGGAUGGACUCCUAUUCGGUGCCUAACACACCGCAGAUGAGCUCUCUCGGGGGCGAGGGAUCCGACGUGCAAAGCCGCUUGGGUUUUCUCCGACGCACACCCUUGGCUGGGAUCGAUGACCACGGGUAUUCCGAGGGUGAAGGACGCGACCGGCUCGCGGGGCAACGUAAUUCGAGGAGACGGCUGGGUCGGCCCGGUGAGGAAGGUGAGGAGGCGGACAGCCCAGCUGGGUUACGGGUCGGCCACCACUUCAGGCGUCUGUCUAACCUGGGCGGCGGCGGGGGUGGCAUGUCCGACGGGGGGGAACUGGCGAGCCCCAGGAGACCUUUCUUUGGUGGUGCUGACAGGGCCUCGACGUUUGGUGUCCAGAAGUGGCGCCAAGUCAAGGGCGCUUUGAAGCUGUUGCGCCAGAAGAAAGAUGAGCAGUUUGACUUUUCCAAGUCGGCGGAAUUGAUGGCAGAGCUAUUUGGUGGUGCGCCGGCAGUUCUGAUGCUUGCGAGUAUGAUUCAGCGCGACGAGCACGGCAACAAGAGGAUACCUGUGCUACUUGAGCAGCUGAGGCUACGGAUCAUCGACAGCACGCCCGCCCCGGACAAGGACAGCGAAAGGCAUUGGAUGUUUACGAUGCAGCUCGAAUACGGCAGCGGCCCGAGCCAGAUGAAGUGGACGAUCAAGCGGUCCAUCAAAGACAUCUUGAACCUGCACUGGAAGUACAAGCUGGCCCGCGGCAACGAAGGGUUCCCGACGACAAAAAGCUCUGACCACAGUUCCCGGCGCCCGAAGCAGCCCCGAUUCCCUUUGUCUGCGUUCCCCUACCUCCGUGGCGUCCGGGGCUUAGAUGACAACGACGAGGAGGAGCUCGCCAACGAAGGACGUGGAGAGGAAACAGCCGGCGAGAUGACCGCGGGCGAAGCUACCGUUCAAGAAGGGACAGACGCCGAGGACCGGCCACCACACAUGCGCAGGAAACGGUCACGGAUGCCCUACCUUGGCACCAGACGAAAGCCAUCUGCGGUGGGUUCCAGCGCGGACCUGGGCCAGUUGGCAGAUGCCGCGGCGCAACGGAGAAAGUAUGUUGAGCGGCAGCAGCGGAUGCUGGAGAAGUACCUUCAGGACAUGAUCCGCUGGCUCAUGUUCCGGGCCGACAGCAACCGGCUCUGCCGCUUUCUUGAGCUCUCGGCGUUGGGCGUCCGUCUUGCGGCCGAGGGUAGCUACCACGGCAAAGAAUGUUACCUGCACAUCCAGUCGUCCAAGGGCCUCGAUUUCCGCCGCGUGCUGACACCUAGCAAGGUGAUUGCGCGGCACAGCCGGAAGUGGUUCCUCGUGCGGCAGAGCUACAUUGUCUGCGUCGAGUCGCCGGAGAAUAUGAACAUUUACGAUGUCUACCUCGUGGACUCCAAGUUCCAAAUCAUCACAAAAUCCAAAGGCAGCAAGCACCUGGGGCCUGCCGCCCACAAGUCGGACGAUGAGGACAUCGAGAACCUGGAUCCGUCAGCCCGGCAGCCGACCGACAUGCAUCACACGCUCAAGAUCAUCACGUCGGAGCGCAAGGUGAAGCUGUUCUCGCCCAACCAGCACCUCAUCUCGCAGUUCGAGGAGUCGAUCAAGGAGAUGCUGAAGCACACGCCCUGGCACCUGGAGAACCGGUUCGGCAGUUUCUCCCCUGUCCGGACGGGCGUGCAUGCCCAGUGGCUUGUCGACGGGCGCGACUACAUGUGGAACGUCUCGCGGGCCAUUAGCAUGGCUAAGGACGUGAUUUACAUCCAUGACUGGUGGCUGAGCCCGGAGCUGUACAUGAGACGGCCGGCCGCCAUCAGCCAGAAAUGGCGGCUUGAUCGGUUGCUCCAGCGCAAAGCGGCUGAGGGCGUUAAGGUGUUUGUCAUCGUGUACCGCAAUGUCGAGGCGGCCAUUCCGAUCGACUCGGAGUACACCAAGUUCUCGCUACUCAACCUACAUCCCAACAUCUUCAUCCAACGGUCGCCGCACCAGUUCAAGAAGAACCAGUUCUUCUUUGCCCACCACGAAAAGAUCUGCAUCGUCGACCACGACAUCGCCUUCGUCGGCGGCAUCGACCUGUGCUUUGGCCGAUGGGACACGCCCAAGCAUCCCGUGGUCGACGACAAGCCGACCGGGUUCGAACUGCAGGACGCGCCCAAGGACGCCGAACACUGCCAGCUCUUCCCCGGCAAAGACUACUCCAACCCGCGCGUGCUCGAUUUCUUCAAGCUGCACGAACCGUACGCCGAGAUGUACGACCGGUCCAUGACGCCGCGCAUGCCGUGGCACGACAUUGCGAUGCAGGUAGUGGGCCAGCCGGCGCGCGAUCUGACUCGGCACUUUGUCCAGCGGUGGAACUACGUGCGGCGUGGGCGGAAGCCCACCCGGCCAACCCCUUUCUUGCUGCCGCCCCCGGAUUGCCGGCCCGAGGAGCUCGAGGCGAUGGGGCUCAACGGCACGUGUGAGGUGCAGAUCCUCCGAUCCGCGACGACGUGGUCGUUGGGUACCGAGAACACGGAGCACAGCAUCCAGUCGGCGUACAUCAAGAUGAUUGACAACUCGGACCAUUUUGUGUACAUGGAGAACCAGUUCUUCAUCACCAGCACGGAGACGCUCAAUAACAAGAUCGUCAACGGCAUCGGUGACGCACUGGUCCGACGCAUCAUCCGGGCCCACGAGAACGACGAGGACUGGCGCGCGGUCAUCGUCAUCCCGCUCAUGCCGGGGUUCCAGAACGAGGUCGACCAGCCCGAGGGUUCCAGCGUCCGGCUGAUCCUCCAGUGCCAGUUCCGCAGCAUCUGCCGCGGCGAGCACUCCAUCUUUGGCCGGCUGCGCGCCGCGGGCAUCGAACCGGAGGAUUACAUCCAGUUCUUCAGCCUGCGGCAGUGGGGGAAGAUGGGCAACGGCGUGCUGACGACGGAGCAGCUGUACAUUCAUGCCAAGUGCAUCAUUGUCGACGACCGGAUUGCCCUGAUCGGGUCGGCUAAUAUCAACGAGCGGUCGAUGAUCGGCAGCCGCGACUCUGAGGUCGCUGCUGUUGUCCGGGAUACUGAUUUGCUGUGGUCGACUAUGGCCGGGCGCCCGUACCAGGUUGGGCGGUUCGCGCAUACCCUGCGGCUGCGGUUGAUGAGGGAGCAUUUGGGGUUGGAUGUGGAUGAGAUUUUGGAGGAUGAGCGACAGGCGGACUUGGACCGUGAGGAGCAGUUCGAGGCGGAGAUGAAUGGGAUUUAUGAUGAGGAGGAGGAGCCCGCGGAGGAGGAAGACGACGAUGAUGAGGCAGACCCAUCGCCAAUGGAAGAGAGUUCGCGGAGGAGGACCGCUUCGCUUGGUGAACUGCCGAGGACACCGCCGAUGCUGUCGCCAGAGCCGCAUAGCUUUAAUCAUGAUGCAGAGGACAACGAGCCGGUGGGCGGGCAGCGGAAGCGGGCGUUUUCCAGGAGCUCCCAGCACCAGACAUCACAGGAGAAAGCCUCAAUCGAAAAGCACAACCGGGAAGUAGAAGGGUAUGGGCCGGAUCAUUGGAAGGCGGCCCAGGACCUUGGGAUAGACCGGGCGCGGGACUCUGUCAUUGUGGGCGGCCGUGAGGUGCUGGUCAACCAUCAGGGGUCCGAAGGCAAAGGGUCGCUUGACCGGCCGAUGAAUCCGCACACGCUCCGGCUCUCGUCGGGCAUCACCACUCCCGACGACAAGAGCAACACCAACAGCCACAGCCACAGCCACAACCCCAACACAACGACCACCGGGAACGACAGAAUGCCCCCCAUGCCGCCCUUCGACCGGCGAACCACGGAGCAAGCCGGCCUCCCGCGGGCCAACCAACUACCGUCCCUCCCAGUCGUCGACGACACCGACAUCGGCGGUCCUCCCGUGCGUCUUGAUGCCAGCGGCCAACCAGUACAAAGCACGUCCGACUCGCUCCCCAUCGACAUCACGCUGGCCGACAUCCACAAAGACUGCAUGCGUGACCCGCUGAACCCGAGCUUUUACGAAGACGUGUGGAUGCGCGCAGCCGACAACAAUACCCGCAUCUACCGCCGUGUCUUCCGCUGCAUGCCCGACUCUCUGGUCACUAACUGGCCUGAGUACAAGGACUUUGCGCAGUACUGUGCUCGGUUCAAGGCUAGUAUGGGGGAUGGGCAUCGGCGGCCGAGCGAGGAAGAGGAGAAGCCAGUUUGUCACCCGUCGGGCGCUGCGGGUCAGACGGCUGCGGGCGCGGGGAUUGGGGCUCCGGGGCCGGCUGCCGGGGUUGCAGCUGUGAGCGAGAAGGUUGGGUCGGUGGCGAACAAGUUGAGCACGGAAGGGAACUCGCUUGAUGAGAAGCGUGCCUCGACGGCUGCGAACGACCUACAGCAGGAUCCCGCCAAUACUACUAGUAAUAAUAACAACACGACCGACCCGGAAAAGCAAGACUUCGCCAUCGACGAUACCACCAGUGGUGGUCCCCCUCGGCCAGACAGCAGCAGCCGCCGAGCCGCCACCUACUCCAGCGGGACCAACGCCAACAUCAAUAACAACCAUCCCAGCGAACACCCCCCGCGUACAGGCGGCAGCUCAGGUUCCGGAGGAGCCGGAGGCGGAAUCCCACCCACCGGCCUCACCACAGCAGCUACCGCCCCCCCCUCCUCCAACUUCGCAGGCGGCAUCGGCUCUCAGAAACGUCGUCGUCGCGCUACCACCCGCAGCGGGCGACCACCGCGGUUCUUUGGCGCUACAGCUGGGGGCGGAGGAGUAGGAGGGCCGGCAACAGGAGGCGGGGGUGGUGGUGUUGGGCUGGGGGAUGAGUUGUUGAGUAAGGGGGAGGCGGAGGAGAUGUUGUUGUUGACGCAGGGGACGCUGGUGCAGUUUCCGUAUGAUUGGUUGGUGGUGGAGGAGACGAAUGGGAAUUGGCUGUUUCAGGUUGAUCAGGUGGCGCCUUUGGCUAUUUAG